UACCAGAUUGGUUGUCGAAAACGGGGUGUAAAGCACGCGCAGAACCGAUGACUCCGGUUGUUGCUCUGUAAAUUUGUAAAGAGACAGAAAAAGUGCGAGAGUGUUAUUCGGAAGCCGACAAUUUAUGUAUUUAUUUUAUGUAAUGUAUUAUCCGUGAAGUGAUCGUCCAAAAAUGAAUGGAAAAUAUGCUGUUGUAUCGAUUCGUAAUUGUAAACAAAAAUGUUGAUUAUCAAGCUAUUAACGUACACAAAUACUAUGAACAUGAAGUAUUCGGAAAAGCACAAAUAGAAUUCGUUACCGGGAAAACACAAAUUUCAUCCGGAGAAGGUAUUUUCCAUCUUUUAGUAGGGGUCUAGAAUAACAAAAAAUGAUGGAAGAAAAGAAGGGACCCAGAUUUGGGGGAUCGAAAGUAUCCGAAAUAGCGAACAUUUUCCAAGCAAUGACGCCUGCGCAAAGAGACGAAGUCUUAAAUUCGUCCAGAAAGAGAUACAGCAGCCACAAUUCCACUGAAAAAUUAGAAGCGGAAAGUACAAACAUAACCGUAAUGCGAACCGAAUCACACGUAACAAGAUUCAACAACGCGCGGGCGUUGUUCGAAAAAUUGGGAGAGGAAAAUAAAAAAGACAGGGUGAUACCGUUACAGUCGACCAGAAGCGCUUCGAACAUACUGGAUGCGAGAUCCCGUAGCAGUUCCGCCAACAGCGAAACCAGGGAUACCCGAACACCUUCACCUCCGAAUAACAAAAAUUCGGAAAAACUCAACUUGUCGCCGAAGAAAACCAACGGCGUGUCCAAGGAGACCGAUAGACCGGCGCUGAUGAAAAAACCGGACAAACCCGAGAGAAAAUUCAACAGCAAGGAAUUGAUAGAACGCCAAAGGAAUUGGACGUCGCAUUUUUCGAAAAAUAGAAGCAGUAGGUACAACAGCGACCCAAAUAGGAAUGACGUGAGGUUAGCGGUGAGCAGUGAUAACGACAGAAUCGAAAAUAAGAAUACAGCGGCGACCAGAAGUGCUUCGUUCAGUAGCAGAUUGAAGAGUCCUCCGAUUUCCCCGCCGCCGCCCCCAGUCAGAACUGAGGCUUCCAGGAGGAAGGAUUUCGUACGAAAAGAAAGACCAGCUUCGGUGAUACCAACCACUACCGAUAUUUUUAUUAAAUCGCCGCCGAUCAGCCCGAUCAAAUCUCAAAGGACGAGUCUCGUUGUCGAACCCAAUAACGACGAACCCGAAGAAUUUUCCUCUAAUUUCGACCGGAAGGAGAAAUUAGUGAUCGAUAACGAUGGUUUGUUGUUGGUUUCUCAAAAUGUGGCAGCAAAAUCCCCUUCGGAAGAUAAAGAAACGAGCAGGGACAAUUUAUCGGCUGCCUCGGGUAGUUUAUCUUCCUUAAGUCCCCCCAGUAGUCCCAGCAAAGUUAAAUCCGAACAAGAGAAACAGGAACAAGAAGGAAAUGAAAAAUCUUUUUUGGAAACUACGGAUUCUCAAAGGAUCGAUAAAAAGACUGAAGAACCAGUUAUAUCUAGACGAACGAAAGUUAGCAGUAUCUCUAUUAACAUUCCAGCAGCCGGUUUAGGAAGUCGACCUUCUUCUAUAAUAAGUACGACAACAUCCGACGAAGGCGGUUUUAACGAACCAUCCCCAAAAAUAGAAGCCAAAUUAAGACCCCACGAAGAAUUCCUAUACGAUUUUCCGAUAAACGAAGAUAAACCGUUAGAAUACACUGAUUCCCCAGAAGACGUUAGCGAAUAUCAAGAUUUAACGAUACACGAACCUUGCCAAAAGAAAUUGACGCCUGCGGAAAUCGAAGCUUUAUACGCCGUACCUCAUAAAAAACCUCAAAAUGCCGUUCCUAUCGAAAGUACUUUUUCCGACGAAGACGACGACGACGCUCCGCAUUACGCAGUACCGUACAGAUCUUUCGUUCCUCAACAAAAAUCCACCGAUUCGGAUUCGUCGCAGAUAACGAUACACAGUAGACCGCACAGCGUUAGUCAACAAAAAUCAACGACAUCCACCGAUUCGGACGCUUCCCAAGUGACUGUGAUACCUCAGAGGUCCAUCGAUUCCGACGUUAUGUACCACGACCAAUCCAAAACGGCGACUCAAUCAGUAUUAACGCAACUGGAUUCCCAAGAUAGUUUCGAUAGUAAACCGGUUAGGUUAAGUUGGGACGAAUCGGUUAGUGUCGAUACCAAAAAAUCAGAACCGUUUUUGUUGGUUCGCGAGGUGUUGCCACCGUGUGAUAGGACGACUGUGAGGACGCAGAUUGUUCAAAAAGCCGAGGCGAAUAUUUUGGAUUUGAACGACGUCGAAUACGCCGACGCCAGCGACCAAGAGAACAGUAUCGGAGAAGAAAACGUACCGGAACCUGACGCCAUGACACUGGAUGAAGCCGAUAAUUUACUUAGCAGCAAGAUUUUGGAGAAACAGAGAGCUCAACUUCUUUCGGACGAAGAAGCACAAGAAGUAACAAGACUGUUAAAUUCCAAAGAUGUCAAAUCCGCUAACAAAUGGUGGCCGAACGCGACCAGUUCCUUCCUUCAAGAUUCCAUCACUGGAUCAGUUCAAGAUUCAUCAGGACCGGUAUCGUUAAACGACAGCGUCGGUCCCCCUUCACUACAAGAUGAUAUCAUUAACGAUUUUUCCAACGAACAGAAUCAAUCUACAGACUUAAAUAAAACUAUCAACAAAAGCAAAUGUGUGGAACCUUUAUCCCAAUAUUACGAAUCCAGCGAGAGUUUGGUUUCCGCACAGGAUGAUGAGGAACCAUCCAAACAUGAUACUAGUGUUUCCGCUACUGAUUCAGGACUGAUCGAUUCGGUGACGAGUUUAUCGGAAGGUAACUAUUUAGAAAAAACCGAAGAAGAUUUCGUACCGAAACCGAUCGGCAUCGUGGGCGUCGAACACGGCGUCCAUUAUUACGAAGACGGUCAUUUUUGGAUGGAAGUACCCGGUCUACCGCCGGAAGAAGACGACGACGACGACGACGAAGACGAACUAGAAUUUCCGGAAUACGCACCGAAAACGAGCAAAGUGAAAUUUUCCAAAGAGCCCAUGAAGGUGUAUUCGACGUUUAGUAUAUCCGAUUACGAUCGCAAAAACGAGGACGUAGAUCCCGUAGCCGCUUCCGCCGAAUACGAACUAGAAAAGCGCGUCGAGAAGAUGGACGUGUUUCCGGUGGAAUUGGUGAAAGGAUCCGAAGGAUUAGGAUUGAGUAUCAUAGGAAUGGGCGUCGGAGCCGACGCCGGACUAGAAAAAUUAGGUAUUUUCGUGAAAACGAUUACGGCCAACGGGGCAGCGGCUAAAGACGGCAGGAUCAAAGUUAACGAUCAAAUCAUCGAAGUAGACGGUAAAAGUCUGGUAGGCGUGACUCAAGCUUACGCCGCCAGCGUUCUACGCAACACUUCCGGUUUGGUCAAGUUCAAUAUAGGCAGAGAAAGGGAUCCGGAAAAUAGCGAAGUCGCUCAACUCAUCAAACAAUCUUUGCAGGCCGAUAAGGAACGCGAAGAGAGACGGCAGAGGAUGUUGGAGGAACAGCAGCAACACAGCGAAGCCAGUACCGUUCAACUUACAGGUUCGGCCAAUACGAGCGUCAGCGAUGGCCCUACAAGCCCUAUUGUUAAUCAAGAGGGUCUGUUCGAUCACGAACAGGAUAAUGUCGAUUCCCUCAGAACUCUAUUGAUCGAACUGAUGGAGCAGAAUGGAGUGAAGCCGGACGAUUCGGAAAAAUUCGAACAAGCCACCCAAAAAUUAAAAGAAACCGAACGGAGUCUGUUGACGGCCAAAAAGGAAAUCCAGACCUACCAGAACAUGUUGGAGCAAUCCCAGACCCAAUACCAAGUGCUCGAAAAGAAAUACAACAGAGCCAAACAUUUAGUAAAAGAAUUCCAACAGAGGGAGCUCGACAUGCUGCACAGAGAAGAUUUCUACCAACAGGUGUUGCAAGAAAAAGACACCGAAUACAAUUCGUUGGUGAAAAGUCUGAAAGAUAGAGUUAUAGCUCUCGAACAAGAGCUAUUGGAUACUCAAAGGAAAGCCGGUUUACCUAUGAUGCUACCGUACGAUAAUAUCAACGCGAAACAAUUAACGCCCCAAAUGUCGCGUAGACAACCGCCCAAACCUCUAUUCAAAUCCCUCCAACCGGACUUUUCGGAUACGGAAAUGUCGGACGCCAGUCCGGACGACGAUAAAACCGCCACCGUCGAAAGGAAAUUACCGAUCAAAGAGGAAUUCGACAGAGCGGUACCGCCGCACGAAUUACUCGACAUAUCGGCGAGUAAAAGUAAAGCGGAACUCGCCAAUAGAGGAGCGCUAGCUAAUAGGCAAUUACCGAGCGUCAAAAAAGGUUCGUUGAGUAACAGUAGUUCGGAUUACGGUUUGGACGAAAGUUACAAUUCCUCCGACGAAGUAACCGAUUCGGUAUUCGCUUCAUCGCAAUCUAACGACGUCAAACAAUUGAAAUCGUCGAAUACGACGCGUCCGACGUCGUUUACCAGCGCUACGCAACAGUACGUUCAAUCGCAAUACGUAACGGCGCAACAGAAGAAUCAAAAUGGCGCACACUACGCCGUUCAAUAUACGCAAGUACAAAAAACGACUCAAUACGUUAUGAAUCAAAACGCGUCGACCAACCAAGCUUCCGGCGGCGUGGUAUACGCCAGUAUCCAAAAAGAACCCAGUCCGGAUCCGUGGCACGACAACAGAACCAACAAUAUGGCGGCGGUUUGUCCGCCGCCCAGUUUGGCCGAACAACUAAAACAGGUGUUGGCGGAAAGGGAAAAGAGACUCGGCGGCGAUAGCGCGACUAGUUCGACCGACGAACUCAACGACAGAUCGAAAGAUGAUCCGGCGCAUCACCUGUUGGAAGAGAUUCGACAGGCGGUGAACGAGGCCAAUUCUAAAGUAAAGAAAGUUGUUCCCGUUACGUUAUCGCCCCCAGGUAGCACCCCUUGGCAACCUCAGACUCAGAACACGUCGCCGACUCCGCCGUCACCGUCUAGUCUAUCGUCCGGUUCGGUGUCGCCUUCGAGACACGAUUCCUCUUGGGUAAACACCGAUCUCAGUUUAUCUUCUUGUAGUAUAGCGAGCGAUAAAAGAGGGCAGCACUACUGGCAAUCCACCCCGAUACUCGAUUGGUCCAAGGAUCAAGUGUGCAGUUGGUUGAUGGCGAUCGGUAUGGAACAGCACGUUUCGAAAUUUGCCGAAUUGCAAGUUAACGGAAGCGCGUUGUUGCUAUUGAGAUCGGCGGAUUUCAAAAUUUUGGGUAUAACCAGCGACGACAAAAGUAGAUUGAAACGUAAAAUCAAAGAACUCAAAUUGCAAGCCGAAAAGGAGAGGAAACAAGUGGAACGCGACCGAAAAGAAAAGGAAAAAUUGCAGAAGAAGGCCGAAAAAGCGAAUAAGAAAAAAUAAUUUUCGUUUAAUUUGACUUCGUAAACGAAUUUGGUUGAUAUCGAGGUAUCAAUAGUGCCAUAAAUUCGAUCGUGGUGAUUUGACGAUCGAGUAUUCGAAUCGAGUAACAAACAGUAUUCUCGUUACGACAUUUUUAAUACCGUACCAUUUUUUCUGAACAUUUUUUGAUUCCCCCUCGUAUAUACACAUUUUCCAACAGAAUUGCGACAAUAAUCUAUAUCUACUUUUUGUUUUCAUUUAUUAACAAAAAGAAAAGAAUUGGAAAUGGGAAAUAAUUAUUUCUAUUCCGUAAAAGUAGUUUCGAUACACCCUGUAUGACAAAAAAUAUAUAAUACACACACAUAUAUACAUAGAUAAUCGUUAUAAAACAAUUUUUUUCCCAAAAAUUCAAACGUAGAACCAUUUUUUUUUGAUAUUUCAUUAUAAAUACAGGGAGGAAAAUAAAAUACGAGUAAAAUUUGUACAGUGUGUUUAUAUAUGUGGGUAACUUUCUUAUUAUCAAGUUUUAUAAAAAAAGUUAUUCUUCAUAAAAUGUUCUGCAUGAUUUAAAAUUUGGAAUUCAAUUAUCAAAUAUUAAAAUUUAGUAGUCGUAUACGGGGUUUGUUCGAAAAUAUGGUUGUUUUUAACAAAAUUGAAAAUUGUUCGGAAAAAAAUUUUUAGAAUCAAAUAUUUGUUAUUUAUUUUGAAAACUAUUCAAUACGACAUUUUCUCUACGGAAUUUGAGUUUGGAAGAUUCGUUUAAUUAAUUUAGGGAUGCAUUGACUUUUUUAGCACGAUGUAAACACCUUUUUUAGAAAUUCCCUCGUAGUUUUUUGGAAAAUGUUGAAAAUAUCGCAGGAAUGAAAACUGGAGGAAAAAAUGUACCAGCAGACAAAAUGAAUACAUUGAAAAUUUGAAAACAGAAGUUUUCCUGGAAAUUCUUGACCUGCAUGGUUUCCGGAUUUAAUCCCAAUUAAUUUUUUUUGUGGAAAUAUCUAAAGAAAAUGGUAAUUUCGAAAAAAAUAUGUUUUUACUAUUGAUAAACAACUAUUGGAUAUUAAUUUUUUUUAAUAAUUCAGUUUUUUUGUUGUUUUUUGAACAAAAAUAAGAUUUUUACGGCGAACCUCGUAUACAAUUUCUUGAUUUUGAUAUGUGUCGAUUAUAUUUAAAGUUUUGGAUCGUGUAGAACAAAUUCUAUGAUUUUUCAUAGAUUUCUAUUAAUCGACUUAUUAUUUUUCGACAAACCUCGUACACGAUUUUUCAAAAAAAUUUAUCUGAUAAUUUUUUAUACAAAUUUUAUGAAAUUUGCGCCUAUUUAACUGGAAAUUUUUUCCAAAUUAAUAAUAACAAACAAAAAUCGCAUUUUUAUACAAAGGUAGGUCAAAAAGUGACUGAACUUGACUGGAAAUUAGAAAAACUGCGUUAUUUAGUUUUUGUUGGGCAGUUAUCGGUACAAACACAUUUUGGGGCGGUCAUUAAAUAUCAUUUACAGAAAAAUCAUUCUACAAAACAAAAUUAAACUUGAUUCGCAUGAUAGUAAGUUUGCACUUUUUAGUUUUACCCUGUAAAUGUUAAAGUAUGACUUUUGUUGUAGAUCAAAUUUAAAUACUUUCACAAAAUAAACCGUUUUUCAUAGAAUUAAUCAUUUUUCUAUUUGGAAAUUCCACCAGAAACGUCAAAUUAUACAAAUUUUUUAAUAAACCUCGUAUACUACUAAAAAAAAAUUAUGUUUGUUAAUUUUGUAUAGAAUUCCAUUUUUUUUCUAGAAACUUUUUUUCUAAUACAAAUAAAAAAAUUCUCAUUACGAGCUCAUUAUUAUACAGAGGUAGAUCAAAAAGUUUGUGAUUUUCUGGUUGUGUGACUGCGUUUUUCAGUUUAUGUUGGGCAGUGAUUGGUACAAAUACAUUUUGGGUGAUCAUUUAAUAUCAUUUUUAGGAAAAAUCGUUACUAAAACCAAUAUUAGACUUGAUUAAUUUAAUGGAAAAUUGGCAUCUUUCAAUUUCACCCUGUAAAUAUCAAAAUACGUUUUUGAAUUUUUUUAAAAAUCAUUAUUAGUUGUUUUUAUACAAAUUAUAUCAUUUUUUAAAAAUUUAAUUAUUUUCUUAUUGAAAAUUUCACUAAAACAUCACAGAAUACAAGAAAGAUAUGAAAAUUUUUCGACAAACCUCGUAUAUGACCUAAAAAAUUUUAUAAUUUUGUAUAGAAUUUUAUAAAAUUCGCAUUUAUUCAACUAGAUUUUUGUUUUUUAAUUAAGAAUAGAAAAAAAUUCUCAUUACCAGCUCAUAUAUUAUACAGAGGUAGGUCAAAAAGUUUGAGACUCACUCGUUUCUUAACUAAGUUUGACAGACGUUCAACUAAUAUCAAAAAUUUGCAUUAUUCAAUUCAUGUUGAACACAUUGAAUAUCAUUUUAAGCAAAAUCAUAAUUAAAACCAAAAUUUGAUACUAUGGAAAUGUUGCAUCUUUCAUUUUCACUCUGUAUAUAUCGAAAUAACAUUUUUUAUUUUUUUCUGCGAAUCAUCAUUAGCUAUUUUUACAAAUUACAUCAUUUUCAAUUGAUUCAAUUGUUUUUUCCCAUAAAAAUAUUAUUCAAACCAUUAAAUUUUUCGACAAACCUCGUAUACGAGCAAAAAAAAUUUUGUAUAGAAUUCCAUAAAAUACGCAUUUAUUCAACCAGAAAUUUUUUUUAGGGUAUUAAUGAAAAAAAAUCGCAAUGAUAGUUUAUAUUUUAUACAGGGGUAGGUCAAAAAGUUCGUAACUAAAAAAGAGUUGUUCAGUUAUUUUGAGCAGUGAUUGGUACAAAUACAUUUCGGGGUGGUCAUUAAAUGUAAUUUUAACUAAAAUUAUCAUUCGAAAAAUGGAAAAUGGAAAAUUUCCAACGUUAAUAUUUCAAACUACUUAUAGUUUUUGAAUUUUUUUAAAAAUCAUUAUUAGCUCUUUUUUUACAAAUUAUAUCAUUUUUGAAAAAUUUAAUUAUCUUCUUUUUGAAAAUUUCGCUAAAACAUCACAGAAUACAAGAAAGAUAUGAAAAUUUUUCGACAAACCUCGUAUAUGACCAAAAUAAUUUUAUAAUUUUGUAUAGAAUUUCAUAAAAUUCGCAUUUAUUCAACCAGAAUUUUUUUUUAGGGUAUUGAAUAUAAAAUAAUAAAAAUAAUAGUUUAUAUUUUAUACAGGGGUAGGUCAAAAAGUUCGUAACUAAAAGAGUUAUUCAGUUAUUUUGGGCAGUGAUUGGUACAAAUACAUUUCGGGGUGGUCAUUAAAUGUAAUUUUAACUAAAAUUAUCAUUCGAAAAAUGGAAAAUGGAAAAUUUCCAAAGUUAAUAUUUCAAAUUACUCAUAGUUUUACCCUGUAAAUAUUAAAAUAACGACGUUUCUGAUUCGUUAUGUAUCAUCUUUGGUUUCAUUUACAAAAUACGCAGCUUUUUAUAGAUUUAAAUAAACACCCUGUAUAUAUUUUCGCGCUUUUAUCUACGAGGGUUUUUAUUUAAACAAAAAAUACCUAAAUAUUUUCUUCUAUGCGCAGUUUUUAUUAUAAUUAAUUUCCAUAUAUCAUUUAAUUUACCCCCCCCACCACCCACUCCCCAUUUCCCCCCAUUUUUUUUGUGUUUAUUUGUUUCCAAUUUUUCUAUUUUCAAACAAAAAAAAUUCGAAUACUGUUUGUUAACGAAUUUAAUUUCCCAACAACCAUUUUCACAUCGCUCGUCAUACCACCCCGAUAUAUACAGAGUGUUCGAUGAAGAGAGUGCCAGAGUAUGUAAUUUUAAUCGUUCCUCGACCUAAGUCACAAUAAAAAAUUAAAAAAAAAAUCACCUCCUUAUACAAUGUGCUCGUUUUAGUAUAGUCAACGUAUACAGUGUGUCCCAUCUAUUAUUACAAAUAAUCAAUAUCAAAAA